AACCGAUUGGGGACAGUGGAAUAAUUCACGAAUUCUCAAACAGUCUAGAGUUUCGCGACGGAAAAUUUUUUCGCAAAAAUGUACGCAAAGGGUUCGCUUCUCUUGGCCUUCCUCGUGGCCAUGACCGUAGCCGUGGCCACAUUUCCAGCGGCUGCCGGACCGCGAUCGAGGUGGUACCCCGUCAGCUACAACGGGAACAAUUUGUACGCCGGCCAACGUCAGAGAGGAGACUGGCAAUUGUCGGCCCACGUCGUCACCAAGCCAGCGAUAAGGAAACAAGCGGUGGUCCAGACCCUGGACAUCAACGUCGGUUACAACAUCACUUACAUAGCGGCGCUGGAUCAAGCACGGAACGCGAGCGUCGGUGCCUUCCCCACGAUCGUCAGCGGCGGACCGGGCUACAAGUACGCCUAUAUGGUAUUCCGCAGCAAAGUCGGCCAGCCGAUCAACUUCCGCGUCAACACUUACGGUCGACGAUGAACUCGAUAGGAUCCGCCACGACUCUUCAACUCGGACAUUGUACCCUUGAUGUGAACCGCAAUGCUGCAAUCGUACCGUACAACGACAAUAAAGAUACAUCAUUCCCUUGA